CUUAUCAGUAUCAUUCAGUUCGUGAUGGAGUUAAAAAGUCUAAAAUUUAACUAUUUUGCUUUUGCAUUACUUUUUCUAUUUAUUGCGCCUUCUAGCGCAUGGUUAGAUUCUGUUGCUCAAAGAGGAAAAAAUUUUGGACAGUUGAGUGCUAAUAUGGGAAAGGGAAUUGUUCAAAACGUGCCUAACAUGAUUCCGUCACCCGAAUCAAUCUUUAGAUUAUCUAAACAGGGACUGUUGGGACUACCUACUGAAGCUUUGUUAACAGCUAUUGACAAAGUUUGUUCAUACGCUACUGCUGCUAGGAAUUCAACGAUGCCUUACAAGCAACCCAAACUUGAAGAAAUGAACUAUGUCUUAAUGACGGAUACUGAGAAUAUUUCUAUUCCUGUAACAGAAUCAUUAAGAUUAUGGAGGCAUGAAAAGUUUGAUCCUCAAAAAAAGGUUGUAGUUAUGGUUACUGGAUGGAACAGUGAUAUUGAUGAAGAGAAUAGUGCUGCAGAUGGUUUAUGGGCAGCUUAUCGUUCUCGUGGUGACACAAACUUCGUUCUUAUUGAUACAGCUCGAUAUGUUGAUACAUUAUACGCUUGGUCAGCAUUUAACACGAUGGACUUAGGCCACGGACUUGGCCUAGGUUUGACAGAACUAGCUGAUGUCGUUCCUAUUGAUAAUAUUCAUGUGAUGGGACAUUCUUUAGGUGCACACAUUGUAGGGUUUGCUGGAAGAGUAUUUCAAGAAAAAACUGAUAGAAUUCUUAAAAGAAUAUCAGGAUUUGAUCCAGCAAGGCCAUGCUUCCGUGAAGGCGAAGUUCUCCAAGGUCUGGGGAGAGGUGAUGCUGAAUUUGUCGACAUAAUUCACUCAAAUUCUGGGGCACUAGGAAAAACAGAUCCUAUAGGAGAUGCAGAUUUCUAUCCAAACGGAAUUGUUUCAGUGAUGCCUGGAUGCGUAUCAUUUCUUUGCUCGCAUUCUAGAGCUUGGAAAUAUUAUGCAGAAAGUGUCUAUAAGGGAAAUGAGAUGAAUUUCAUUGCUAAGAAAUGUGGAUCAUUAUAUUCGUAUGAAACUAAUGCAUGUAUUCGUAAAGAGAUUCCAAUGGGCUUUUCAUGUCCAAGUACUGCUAAAGGUAAUUUUUUUUUGAAAACAAAUAGUCAUUCUCCUUUUGGACGUGGAAAAUUCUCGUUGUUCAAAUGAUUAGGCAUCUUAAAACACUCAAGCAGAUUUAAUAUAAGUCAGAAACUGAACAAUCAAGCAUCAGACAAUAAAUCUUUUGUUGUAUACCAAACAGACAUGUAAGCAAUAUCUUUGUUAUAAUCUGAUUACCUCGGUUUAAUGUCAAAAAAUUAUGAAUCACUUUAUUGUGAUUGAAAGUAAUUUAAUAAUUGUGUCACAGUCGAAAUAAGAUUAUAUCUUUCAUGAUAUUUUGUUGAUAUCAUUUAAUAAAUUGAAAGUUUAUGAAGAAGUGUCAGCACACUUUUCCCCUUUAAAAAAGUCAAAUCCCUUAAAGGACACAAGUAAGUAACUGAAGUCAUGUGAAUGAGAACAGAUUUUCCAAUAAUUUCAUAGCAAAUAGGCGUGUGAAAUUAUGACAAAUUAAAUAAUCUCCCUCUUUUUAUUUUCUUCUGACAAGAUCGCAACAAUAAACUAGAGUUGCGAGUUGAACCCUUGCAGAAUUCAGUAAUUACCAUUGAAGCUUAACUUCCACUUGUUUUCUUCUAACAUAUUGCCUUUUGAAAUUGCAUAAUUUCCAUGACUAUUAUGUGGUUAGAAAUGUUUUAAUUUUUUUAGGUCAGUUAAAUCGCUAAUCAUGUUGUUCAGUUUUAAGAUCGAAAUUUAAUGUUGUUAUAUUGAAAUUGGAAGUUAUUGUUCAAAAUAAAACUGCUUGAAUUAUUGG